GCCGAAUGAGCGCACUCUACCGCGUGCUCCCGUACGUAGUUUUGUGUAUUGUUGUUCGUCAAAAGCACGCGCAUUCAUUUUUUUUUUGUCGUCAACCCGUCAUCACAUUAUUGCUCGAGUGCAGCGAAACGGUUCAACAGGUGGUGCAAACAUCGUGAACAAUCAAGGUGCUUGUUAGCAGCAGGAAGUGAAGAGAAAAUGUCUUGAAAGUAGUGAAGCUGUGCAUCCAGAUGUAAAUCGAAACAGGAAUAAUUUUACUUCUGGUAGCGACGCAGAGGAAGUGUCGGGGAUCAAAUCAGGACGACGUUCUGUCUAUCUGGCAAAUCGAAAUAAGGGAGGAAAUAUUUUCCCCUGCCAGCUCGUCUGCAGUAGGAUAGGCAGUGGCGGACAGGAACAGUAACUAGCAACGAAACGCUUCAGCAAAAACAAAACAUGGCUGCCGAACGUGACUAUAUCGGCUUCGCGACUCUUGCCGAUCAGGUACACCGUAAGUCGGUCAAACGUGGCUUCGAGUUUACGCUGAUGGUGUGCGGAGAGAGUGGUCUCGGCAAAUCCACUCUCAUCAACAGCCUCUUCCUGACUGAUCUGUACCAGCAUCGGACGGUUCCUAGCUGCGAGGAACGGAUAGAAAAAACUACGAAAAUCGACAAGAAAACACUAGACAUCGAAGAGAAAGGAGUCAAGCUAAGACUGACUAUCGUUGAUACACCUGGAUUCGGAGAUUCGAUCAAUUGCGAAGAUAGCUGGCGUGUCUGCACACAAUACAUCGACGAACAAUUCCGACAGUUUUUUACUGACGAAAGCGGCCUAAACAGGCGAAACAUUCAGGAUAAUCGUGUUCAUUGUAUGUUGUACUUUUUACCACCGUGGGGACAUGGUCUUCGACAGAUGGACGUCGAUUUGAUGCGGCGGAUGCACAAAAAAGUUAACAUAGUAGUAGUUAUCGGGAAAGCUGACACACUGACGACAACUGAAGUGCAGAAACUUAAAACUCGUAUCCUUGAGGAUAUAGAAUCGAACGGUAUUCAAAUCUACCAGUUUCCCGAUUGUGAUUCAGAUGAAGACGAAGAGUUCAAGCAGCAAGACCGUGAGUUAAAGGCCAGCAUACCGUUCGCCGUAGUGGGGAGCAACAUUGUGCUGGAAGUAGCCGGUAAAAAGAUUCGAGGCCGUCAGUAUCCUUGGGGAAUAGUGGAUGCUGAAAAUCCUCAGCACAGUGAUCUCAUCAAACUGCGAACGAUGCUAAUCUCAACACACAUGCAAGACUUGAAGGACACCACCCGUGACGUUCACUACGAGAACUUCCGAGCGCAGUGCAUAUCGCAAAUAUCGCAACAUGCACUGCGUGAACGCAACAAAUUAAAAAGGGAAUCUAUUGCUUCCAGUCACGAAUCUGCAAGCAUUAACGAUACUGACCGAUUACUGCAACAGAAAGAAGAAGAGAUUCGACGAAUGCAAGAUAUGUUGGCGCAGAUGCAGGAGAAACUGAAAUCGACCCAGAUGAGCGACGCAGUUAUUGAUGUUUAAGUGCAGGGAUUCAUGUGGUAAAGCACCUCAUUCGAAGCAUACAUCACUUGCAAUAUUUAGGUGGAAAUUUUCGUUGUAGUUUAAGACAUCUUACGCAUAACCAUAUUCACGUACACAACCCACACACUAUAAGUAAUCUCUUUAAUGUAGCGCUUUCAUUUGAAGGUGUAAACUGUACAAUUAUCACAUGUAGACUAAUUGAAAAAAAUAACAUUCUGCAGUCGUUUUCAUAAACGUGUAGAAAACAAAAUGACUAAUCGGUUUUAAGUAUGCCAGCUUUUACGAAAUAGAUUUCCAUAUAACAUCCUAAGUAAUCAAAAACAACAUUGUUUUGCUUUUUGCGACACCAUCGCUUAUUGAAUAACUUUGAACUACACAUUUAUUCACUUUAAAAACAGCAUUGUAAGCGCGCUAUUUUGUUCGAUUAUUCAACUGAAACCUCAUGUUGACGUAAAAUUGUAAGCUUUAUUUCGUUCAUUAUAGAUUUUACACUGAAUUUUAGAACAUGUCGAUAACCUUUGAGGGUUUCAAUAGAUUUUUUUUCUGAUCUUCUCAAAAUUAUGUCAUUACUCACUCACUAAAAAUUCACGCAUCCCAUGGCAUAUUGAUAGCCAUUUGAUAUUCGUAGAAAUGAGUCCCGAAGAAGAAAAUCGUCGCGACCACGUAAAAAUCUCAUAGCAUCAUGUCAUCUACAGAGACUACCAAAGAGCACAGUUUACAAAUAAAUUAGUUUAACCAAUAACAACAAACCACCAAAACAACAAGUAGAUACAGUUCAAUAGUGCAAUAUUAUAAUAAUUAUUAUUAUAAUAAGUAUAUAAAGCGGCUCAAAAGACUAAUCGAAGCUAUUUGGAAGCGAUCAAACAUCAUUUUAACAGUAGAAUGACGAAUUGUUUCAAACAAUCAGUUUAAUUGUUAUACUUCGAGCAUCAUAGUAUAGUAACUACGUUAUAUAAUUGAUGUCUAGAAUACAAAAAAAACGUAAAUCUAGAAGCUAUAUUUAUAUUUGUUUGCUCUCAAAGUGUUUAUUUUUUCUCUAACUAUGGACGUAAGUUUGUACAAGAAUAUAUUUAUUUCGCAGAUGAUUAUCCUCUAAUCUAUUUAUUUAUACAGGGCAAGCUAUUGCCUAUUGCUUACGAUUAUGUACAUUAUAGCAGCAUUCAGUAUGUAUUGAGUUGUUUCAAAUUUUUACAAUGGAAAUGGUUCCGACCAAUUGUAAUACAACCAUUAUAAAUACUGGAAAAGUUUAGAUAUUUCAAUAAAAAGUAUUCAGUUGUU